AUGUUUGGACUACCACAAGGAGAACCUUCUGCUGAAGAAAAGAAGCAACAUCAAGAUCAAACUAAUGCUACUGUAAGAAACGCUGCUUACGCAGCUAUCUUUUUAUGGGUUUCUCCUAUGGUUUGGCAUUUUGUUCAGAAGCAAUGGAAAUAG